AUGAUAAAUGCAUCGGUUGUAUGUUCUCUCCUCACAGAGAAGUUUUCUCAAUCUACAGGAUCGAGAAAAAUUAGUCUUCAAUCUCCAUCAGCACGUGAAGAAGAGGUUACCAAUCAUUUAGCUGAAUUAUUAAAUACAAUUAUCAACUGUCAUGAGUUUACUGUAGAAAGUGAAAUUUCUCUUGAUUACAUUUCCGACGAUUUAACCGAAGAUGAAAUUGAUCAAUAUGCUGUAUCAGAAGACUCUGAAUUAGAUCCUGAUUUCAACGACACGGACAACGACGACAGUGAUGAUCUUCUUCAAAAAUUUUCUUUAGAUUAUAUGAAAAAGGUUAUUGAAUAUUAUGAUGAAAGAAAUCCGUUGACAGGAAAACGCCGUCGGUCUUGGAAGGGUGUGAAGCGUCGAUUUAAACGUAUUACACAUUCAUCACAUAUAUCUCGUUUUCGUGCUUAUAUUGAAAAGGGAGGAACGAGAACGCAAAAAUGGGAAAAUAUUAAUAAUUAUGUUUAUCAUAAAUUUGAACAAGCUCGAGAAUCUAAUCUUCCUGUACAUGAUCUCGACUUACGUCGCUGGGGCUUAGAAAAAGCUAAACAAGAAUUAUUCCAUGAGUUUACUGCUUCCGAAAAAUGGUUGUUUAAUUUUAAAAUAGAGCACAACAUAUGCUCGAGAAAAGUAACUAAAGUGAGUAACUUAUCUCUACUAUUUUUAAUAGAGUAAUCACUUUUUUGAAAACUACAUAUUAUCUAUAUCUAAACUUGUCGGACCACUUUUCCUUUGUUUAAAAGAACCCGCUGGUUA